AUGGCAGAGCACUUCCUGGUAAGUCUCGCAGCCACCAUCAGUUUCUUCAGGAGAUUAUUCCGUGACCUAGGUGUCCCUCUUCGGCUACACACUGAUGGAGGACCUCAGUUUUCAAGCCGAGAUUUUAACGACUUUCUGUGUCGAUGGGGUGUUUGUCAUGAUGCAUCCUCUCCCCAUUAUCCACAGAGUAAUGGCCUUGCAGAAGCUGCAGUGAAGGCAGUGAAACACCUAACUAUGAAGUUUGCCCCUUCUGAUAUCCUGAAUGAAGCUUUUGACCGUGGAUUGCUGGAACUUCGUAAUACACCACGUCAGGAUGGCCGUUCCCCUGAGCAAAUUUUGUUCGGCCACCCUCUUCGUUCCUGUGUUCCAGCCCAUAGGUCGUCUUUUGCUCCAGAAUGGCAAGCAAAGGCAGAAGACUGUGAUCGCCGUGCAGCUGCACGGACAUAG